AUGGUACCUGCCAGUACUUAUAAUCACACUCAUCACAAGAACAAUGAAUAUCUCCUAAGUCUGCAUGCGGUACGUGAGAGAUGUUUCAAGGUCCAAGAGGCAGCUGUCAAGAACAAGCUCCAGCAUUUCGACAUUGAUACCAGCAAACUGCAAGAUAUGGUUCAAUUUGUUAUAUCCUUGAUCAAACGAGACUAUGAUGAUCCAUCUCAAAUUCCUGUUCAUGGUCGUUGGCGCCAUUUCGAUGCUGGCGGUCGUCCUCGUAUUCAGACUUUAAUCAAUAGCUGGGCUAGUCUUGGGAUUGAUGCAACCGAACAGACCAGACGGGUUUUGGACUUGUUUACCAUCGGUGUCUUGCUGGACAUUGAUCCAAAUCAGAGCUACUCUUUCCGUGAAACCAGCACGAAUAGAUUCUACAAGAGAAGAGAAGGUAUUGCAAUUGCUAUUCUUGAAAUGUUUAUGGCGGGCACAUUUUCAAUCAAUCCCAACCAACCUCACCGAGUUGACUCGGAGGCAUUGGCACGUUUGACAAUGGACGAUUUGCUGGCAGGAUUCAAGACAGACACGUCCACAUCGCUCAUCGGAUUGCAAGAUAGACUUGAUCUAUUAAAGCAUCUUGCUCAAGCAAUUCAGCGCCGCCCUGACUAUUUCGGUGGUGAAGAGGGUCUGGUUCCGCGACCUGGAAAUAUGAUGGACUACCUCUUAUGCCACCCAACCACAAUCAAAACCAAAAAAGGACCCUUGAUUCAUUUGGAAACCUUGUGGCCCGUUAUAUUGGAAAUUGGCGAAAUCUGGACAGUAGAAGAUGUUAGCAAUUGCAAAGGUGGAACCUUUCAAUUAGGAGAUGUAUGGCCAUGUGCUGCCCUAGGUGAUCAGGACCAGAUGGUUCCAUUUCACAAAUUGUCUCAAUGGAUGGUUUAUUCCUUAAUUGAGCCUAUGGAGAAGCUACUGGGUGCUGUGAUAGAAGGAACUGAACAAUUGACGCCCCUGUCUGACUACGCAAAUGGUGGGCUAUUAAUGGAUACCGGGUUUAUCACGCUAAAGAAACAAGAUUAUGAAAGAGGCAUUGAAAACUACCGUAAAAACUCGCUGCUACCUGGACAGCCCAAGGUUGAGGUUGCUCCUAUGUUUGAAAUGUCAGAUCCUGUGGUCGUCGAAUGGAGAGCGCUGACAACGGCGUAUUUGGAUUUGGUGGCAGAUCGAGUGCGUGCCACUUUGAGGAUGAGCAAAAAGACAUUGUCAUUGACUCAACUAAUCGAAGGAGGAACUACCAGCGCUGGCAAAGAAUUGGCAGAGAUUUCACGCCCAAAUACUCAGGAACCGCCUAUUGUUAUCAAAUGCGAUAGAAGAGUUAUUUAUUAA